AUGCUUCUUCGUGGUAUUCUUCAUGGAGCUAGCCGUCAUGCUGUUCGAUCAUCAGUUCGUAAUGCAUCUACAGCUUUACAAGCAAAUCCCUCAAUAACAUAUGAGCAAACACUUUAUAAUGUACCUGAAACUCGUGUAACAGCAAUUAAAAAUGGUUUACGUGUUGCAUCAGAAGAUUAUGGUAUUCCAACAUGUACAGUUGGUGUUUGGAUUAAUGCUGGUAGUCGAUUUGAAACAGCACAAAAUAAUGGUACUGCUUAUUUUCUUGAACAUAUGGCAUUCAAAGGUACGAAUAAUCGAAAACAAAAUGAACUUGAAAGUGAAAUCGAAAAUCUCGGUGCACAUUUAAAUGCUUAUACAUCACGAGAACAAACAGUUUAUUAUGCUAAAUGUUAUAGUAAAGAUUUACCAAAAAUUGUUGAACUUUUAUCGGAUAUUGUUCAAAAUAAUCAAUUUAAUGAAGAAGAUAUUGAACGUGAACGUCAUGCAAUUUUACGUCAAAUGCAAGAAAUUGAAAAUACUCCUCAAGAUGUUAUUUUUGAUCAUUUACAUGCAACUGCUUAUCAAGGAACACCAUUAGCUCGAAGUGUUAUUGGUCCAACAGACAAUAUUAAAUCAAUUAAAAAAGCUGAUUUACUUAAAUAUGUUGGAACACAUUAUAAAGCACCACGAAUGGUUUUAGCAGCUGCUGGAGGAAUUAAUCAUGAUCAAUUAGUUCGUUUAAGUGAAGAACAUUUUGGAAAAGUAAAAGCCGGUUAUCAAGGAGAAGUACCUGAUCUUUUACCAUGCCGUUUCACGGGUAGUGAAAUUCGUAUUCGUGAUGAUGAUAUGCCAUUAGCUCAUAUUGCUAUUGGUGUUGAAAGUACAGGUUUGACUCAUGCUGAUACAAUUCCAUUAAUGGUUGCAUCAACAAUUGUUGGCAAUUGGGAUAGAUCAAUGGCUGGUGGUGGUCAUGUUGCUUCACGUUUUGGCCAACAAUCGGUUGAAUAUAAUUUAUGUCAUUCAUUUCAAUCAUUUAAUACAUGUUAUACCGAUACCGGUUUAUGGGGUGCUUAUUUAGUAACAGAUCGUAUGCGAAUUGAUGAUGCUAUGAGUGCAUUACAAGAUGAAUGGUGUCGUAUUGCAACAGCUUGUACUGACAUUGAAGUUGCACGUGCUAAGAAUUUAUUGAAAACAAACAUGUUAUUAGCACUCGAUGGUUCUACACCACUUUGCGAAGAUAUUGGACGUCAAUUACUUUCAUAUGGCCGACGUUUACCAUUACAUGAACUUAAUGCACGUAUUGAUGCUGUUGAUGCUAAAACAGUUAUGGGAGUCAUGAAACAAUAUGUUUACAAUCAUUGUCCAGCUGUUGCUGCUCUUGGUCCUAUUGAACAAUUACGGGACUAUAAUCGAACACGUAGUCGAAUGUAUACCAUCUCACAUUAA